AUGUCGGAGUUACGCGCACAAGGCCAUACCUUUGGAAACUAUCCCUACACCCUCCAUGCUACCGACGUCAAGUUCCAGCCCACCGAGCGACCGGCCGGACGCCAUGGCGAAGCCAAGCCGUACUUUAGUGCGAAGCACAAGUUGUACGGCUUGAAGAUUGAAGCGUCCGUCUCCCCCCAAGGCCUUCUUGUGGACAUGAGCGAAGCCCACCGUGGAGCCAUUGCGGAUCUGACCAUCAUGCGGUCACGCAUGGAUCAGCACGUUGGAGCCCUGGCCAAGUCGGACAACGAGCUCAGCAUUUUGGAUCAUGGGGAGCAAGUGGACACUUACCGAGGAAUGUGGGUGCUUCUCGUUGACAAGGGGUACUACGGCGCUUCGGUGGACGUCCGUGCAAUUCAUCCCAAGAAGAACCCGCCGCGUGGCAUGUUGGACCCUGAUGACGUCGUGGGGAAUCGUCGUGUGUCGUCCGAUCGUGUUGUGGUCGAAAACUUUUUCUGUCGUGUCUGCAGCCUGUGGAAGGUAUCUUAUGCUACUUUCACAUGGAGUACCAAGUUCUAUGAUGAGAUUCAGCGUCUCACGUUUGCAUUGACGAACUUUCAUGUAUCGUUGAUGCCUCUGCGGGAAGCGGACAGACACUGA